CUACUUCAUCUGAAUGAAAGGGUCUGGACGAAAUUUCAACAAGUCAGGUCAAACUGUUUCAAUAAACUCUUUCUUUUCCGCUAUUUGGCUGCUUGCCACCAGCCAUCUUGCCUCGGAAACGAGGUGACACCCCUUCUGAUGGGUCGAUAUUUUUGCUGUUUCCACGAGUACCACUGUCACCACGAUCCGCAAAGAGGGUCGGCGACGAGCUCAUUCUUUCAAUACGACUCAGCUCAUCUGCCCACUUGUCGUCAAACCGCCGGGUCUGAAGCAAGUCGAAUCAGUUUGGCGGCAAUGUUGUCCAUUUUGACCGACGGCAUCUCCAGACGCUUUUGGUAG